ACUUCCACAGGGCAAAAAGAAAAUCGAAACGCUUCCUUGUUCAUUAACGCUUCCGUACUUCCCUUAACUUCAAGCCAUCUCCACCAAAUCCGUCUUCGAAAGUCGUAGCCACUACCAUCUUCUGCAGAACCGCAUCGCGGCGCCAUGGAUAAUCGGAAAGUCGUCGUCUGCGACAAUGGCACUGGGUACGUGAAAUGUGGAUUUGCCGGGGAGAAUUUCCCCACUUCUGUGUUUCCUUGUGUGGUGGGAAGGCCACUGCUUCGCUAUGAAGAAUCACUCAUCGAACAAGAGCUUAAGGACAUUGUUGUUGGAGAAAGCUGUGCAGAUUUGCGUCAUCAACUUGAUAUAACUUAUCCAGUCCACAAUGGUAUUGUACAAAACUGGGAUGAUAUGUGUCAUGUGUGGGACCAUGCAUUUUUCAACGAACUGAAGAUAGACCCAAAAGAAUGUAAGAUUUUGCUCACGGAUCCACCUCUCAAUCCUUCGAAGAAUCGUGAAAAAAUGGUUGAGACGAUGUUUGAGAAGUACAACUUUUCGGGGGUCUUCAUUCAAAUCCAAGCAGUUCUAACUUUGUAUGCCCAAGGUUUACUGACUGGGUUAGUCAUCGACUCUGGCGACGGUGUCACUCACGUGGUUCCAGUUGUUGAUGGCUACUCAUUUCCUCAUCUUACAAAAAGAAUGAAUGUAGCUGGCCGACACAUUACUUCAUACCUUGUUGAUUUACUCUCACGAAGAGGGUAUGCGAUGAAUCGGUCUGCUGAUUUUGAGACUGUUAGGGAAAUCAAGGAGAAGCUCUGCUAUAUAAGUUAUGAUUACAAGAGGGAAUAUCAAAUGGGGCUUGAAACCACCAUUCUUGUCAAGAACUAUACUCUUCCAGAUGGAAGGGUAAUCAAAGUUGGCACCGAACGUUUUCAAGCUCCUGAGGCGCUCUUCACUCCAGAACUGAUAGAUGUUGAAGGGGAUGGGAUGGCAGAUAUGGUUUUCCGCUGCAUUCAAGAAAUGGAUAUCGAUAAUCGGAUGAUGCUUUACCAGCAUAUUGUUUUAAGUGGCGGGAGCACAAUGUAUCCUGGAUUACCUAGUCGUUUGGAGAAAGAAAUACUGGACCGCUAUCUCGAUGUCGUCUUGAAGGGAAACAGAGAUGGUUUAAAGAAACUGAGAUUGCGGAUAGAGGAUCCGCCAAGAAGGAAGCACAUGGUGUAUCUGGGCGGCGCAGUCCUAGCAGGAAUAAUGAAGGAUGCGCCUGAAUUUUGGAUCAGCAGGGAAGAUUAUCUUGAAGAAGGUGUUGCUUGUCUAAGCAAAUGUGGGCAGGCUUGACACCUUUUGGGAUCAAUGGCCUCCUUCAAGAUUGCUCCUCAGACUACAAUUUAAUGACUUAGCUUAUGAAAUGAAGACAGGAUUGAUCGAUUAUGUGAGUGAUAAAAUGGAAUAAUCUUGUGUUCUUAUGUUGUUUGAAUGUUGGUUACGUUGAAGAUACAAUCAAUCACAGAUUUAUU